CAGAAAGCCACGCUGGUUUAUCGACCAAUCAGCGUUUCGCAUUGUCGGUCUUUCAGGGCGAAAUAGGCGCCGCCAUUAACUUUUUACUGAGUGAGGUACCGAGGAAUGGACCCACAGGCUGCCUUUGCUGACGCAGUUGCAAGAGCUAGACAGAUCGCUGCUAAAAUCAAUCAGCCUGGGCAAGGUGGAGGGGAUGGUAUAUCCUCAGGUAAAAGACCAUUUGACGCAGAGCCAAAUAAUUUUGACGAACCAGAAGCUAAACGGAGUCCGUUCAUGCAGGAUCCCUCAGGUGGAUAUCCAGGCCUAAAUCAAUCAAGAAACACAGAAGCAGCACAAGCCGCAGCACAAGCAGCAGCAAGAAUCAACCAGCAACUAGGAGUAUCCUCACCUCAGGGCGGAAUGCAUCAACAGGGAGACCAGAUGGGGGGCAUGGGGAUGGUCAUCACAGAGGAGUACAAGGUUCCCGACAGGAUGGUCGGACUCAUUAUUGGAAAAGGUGGAGAACAGAUCACCAGACUUCAAGCUGAGACCAGCUGUAAAAUACAAAUUGCUCCAGAUUUUGACUUUGUAGACAGCAAUGGAAUGCCAGAAAGGUCUACUACUUUGACUGGGACACCACAGUCUAUCGCGAAGGUAAAAGAGGAGAUCAACAAGAUCAUCCAGCGUGCCCAGGGCUCAGACCAUGGCUACGGUGACAUGUCUGGUAACCUGGAGAUCAUGAUCCCCGGCAACAAGGUCGGACUCAUCAUCGGCAAGGGAGGGGAGACCAUCAAACAACUCCAGGAGAAGUGUGGAGUGAAGAUGGUGAUGAUCCAGGACAGCAACACGCCCACAGCCUAUGAGAAGCCCCUGCGUAUCUCUGGCGACCAGAUGAAAUGUCAACAGGCCAAGGAGAUGGUUAUGGAGCUUCUUGCAUCCAAGGAUGAUGGCAUGGGCUUCUCCAAUGGUAUGGGAGGGUUUGGUGGAGGAGGUAGAGGGGGAGGAGGAGGCGGAGGUGGUGGCAUGGAUAUGCCUGUACCCCGGGCAGCUGUAGGCAUAGUGAUCGGCAAGGGAGGAGAGAUGAUCAAGAAAAUACAGCAGGAGACUGGGGCCAAGGUCCAGUUCAAGACGGACGAUGGUCAUUCUGAAGACCGAGUCUGCUCCAUCACGGGACCACCAGACAAGGUGCAGGCUGCCAGAGCCAUGAUUCAGGACCUCCUGAAUAACUCCAACGUAAGUAACUCCAAUUAUGGAGAUGGCGGUAUGGGGCGUGGUGGCGGAGGUUUCCGUGGAGGCAGAGGUGGUGGUCGCGGUGGCUUCAACCAGGGCCCUGGGCGAGGUAUGGGAGGCCCUGGCGGCUUUGAUGGGGGAAACUACCAGGACCAGACCACGUUCUCUGUGCCUGCUGACAAGUGUGGACUCGUUAUUGGCAAAGGUGGAGAGACCAUUAAAAACAUCAACAGCACCACUGGAGCCCAUGUGGAGUUGCAAAGGAACCCAGGCCCAAACCCGAAUGAGAAGGUAUUCAACAUCCGAGGUGAACCCGGUCAGAUCCAGCAUGCCAUCCAGAUGAUCUGUGAGAAAGCUGGCCUUCCCUAUGAUGGUCCAGGAGGGGACAUGUACGGGGGUGGUCCUGGAGGGCCAGGGGGUCCCCCACAGGGAGGACCAGGGCCAUACGGGGGCCCAGGUCCACAGGGACAUGGGGGAUAUGAUCAGUAUGGAGGGCCACAGGGAGGGCCUGGACCCAACCAGUCGGGCUAUGGGGGUGCUCCACAGGGCUGGGGAAAUUACAAUCAGCAGUUCCCAGGACAGGGGCAGCAACCAGUGGCUCCUGGUGGAGGGGAUCCCAGUAAGGGCCAGGACCCUCAGGCUGCAGCAUGGGCGGCCUACUAUGCCCAGUACUAUGCUCAGUAUGGUCAGCAGGUAGCGGGCGGUCAGUAUGGGCAGCAACCCCAGCAACCUCAACAGAUGCAGCAGAGUACACCACAACCUACCAUAAACCCGGCUACUGGACAGCCGGACUACUCGCAGGCCUGGGCGGAGUACUACAGACAGCAGGGCAUGUAUCAGCAGGCCAACGCCAUCCUAGCCCAGCAUCAGCAGCAGCAGGCUGCGGCCGGGGGACAGCAGGGGGGGCAACCACAGCAGUAACAACACAGCACACACCACAGUUCAAUCCCUUGCUCUUGGAGAGGUAGGCCUCACCCAGUUGGUGGUUCUUAAAAAUCAAACGUCUCCUACUAUCUCAAUGUUUUAUGUUUGUUACUGAGUUUUCUGUGAAGUUCUUGCACAUCUUUGGUUCAACCUAUCGACAACGUGGAAGAUGCUUCCAAGGAGUGAGGAAUUGCAAAUCUUCAAAUUUUGUCAAUUUGAGUCUUGAGUCUGCAUUGUGUUACAUAACCAUGAAUAUGCUCAGUUGAAUUAUUAAUUCCUUUUAUGAGUUUUUACGACUUGCCAAAUUCUGAUUGUAUAGUGUUCAUUUUUAUCAAUUAAAGGUUUCUUUUGUAAACAUUGCGUAACAAAUUUCAUAUUAUUGCAUUAUUGGUUCAACAAGUUUGCCAUAAUAUUUUAUUUAUAUUUGUAUCUACUUCAACAUUGGUAAUUUUGAUACAUGUUUUUGUAUGGAUAACAUCUUGUAAAUAAUGAAUGCUAUUGAUAAUUGCUUCGCUGAUUAUGUAACAUUCAAUGCUUCAUGUAUGUAAUAUAUAUAUAUUUUCCAUGUUCAUGAUAUGGUUAUUUCACACGGUGCAUUGUUGUUAUUGAUGUAAGAAACACUCGAUAGUCUUUAUUAAUGGACUCGUCUGUGAUAAUUGACAUAAAAUUUGAUUGAUUAUACGUUUUAUUGUUCACUUGGUAUAUUAUAUUUUGUUUGAAAUUGCAAUUUUUAUUGAACUGAAUUGUUGAUGACAGCUAUUUUUUCAAUUUGUUUGAAUAUUAAAUUGUAUGAUUCAUAUAAGACUAAGCAAUUCCCUCCCAUGGUAAGUACGAGUAGCAUUAUGUCUUGUUAUUAAUAAAAACUUGUUUGAUAAGUCAGUGUUACAUCUUGUUAAUUUUCAAUUGACUAAUUGUUUCAUUUCUUUGGAAUUUCCUUAGAAUCUUAAAGACGUUAAAGUUACUAAUAUAUUAAGUUUAACAUGAAAUCAAUCUAGAAUGUGCACGUAGUAGUGUGAUGUCUUGAUUCUGUGCAAGGUAAGUGUUGUGUGUUGUGAGUCUAGUUGCGCACCAGAUAACCUUUCUCCAGUGGAUUUGAGGUAUCAGUUCUUUUUAAUAAAUACAAUUCAUGAUGGCUUUUCAUAACUAAAUAAAUCUUUAAAAAAAAAAUUGAACAACAAUAUACUAGUUUUGUUGUAAGUUAAAAUCUGAUUCUGUGUAGAUUGCUUCUUAGCCAGAGUAUUGUUUUGUAUUUUCUCACAGGUUUAUGAUGUGUUUCAUGACGCCUGACCUGUUCAAGUUCUCGUGUAUGUAUAAUGCUACAUUAGCUGUACUGGAUUGUAUCACACAUCAUGUCCCCAUUUUUAGUGUUCUGCAUGUUAGCACAUUUCUUGUGUUUUUUAUCAUAACCAGUGAUUUAUCCAUGAUUAAUAUUGAUCUAGUUUCUUGCUUGUUUUCAACGUUAACAGGUGUGUGUUGAUCUUGAACAAAAUAUGCUUUAUCUUGGUCUGUUAAUGUUACUUUUGAAAUCAAACUGUUUUGCUUUGCAUAAUUGAAGAAAUUAUAUGUUAAUUAUUACUAUGAUCGUGCCAACAUUAAACCUUCAUCUUGACAUUCCAUUUGUUUAGACAUGUUCUGGUCAUAAGUAAACAAGACUUACUAUGUUUUAUGCUGUAUUACAUAAUAAUGCAUCUUACUGAUAAUAUUGUAUGGGUAUUCCAACUUCUGAUGAUGUUCUUUUUAGAUUUUGCACAUUUUAAACACACAUGUUGUAAUGUGUUGUGAAAUAUAUUUCCUCUUGUGUUGUCAUGAUACAUUGUAGAUAGAUAAUUAUUGCAUCUCUUAUAACAUGUUUGCUAUUGAAAUUGAAAAACUGAGUUUUCUUGUAUCCAAAUGACUUUAAUGCAUAGUUAUAUCAUUGCUGUUUUGUGCUAAUAUUUGUUUUAAUUAAUGUGUUUUGACUUGUAUUCCAACAUUAUUCUAAACAUGUGUGUUUAUUAAUUGUUGUUUUAAUGACAUUAUUUUCAUUAUUUUGUCGAAUAAUAUUUGAAUAUCUCUUAAUUACCUUAUCAUCACAAUUAAAUGUUUUAAAUUGUUCACGAUUGUUAAUUAAUUGCUAGUGUGUAGUUGACAAAGAUAUAAAGUUGUCAUCAUGUACAUACAAUGUACAUGCUAACCAACUGUUGAUACCUAUGUUUGGUUGCUUGGAAACACUGGAAUGGGGAAGCUGUGUUGUUGUUGAUGUUAGGAAGCCUGUUGGUGGCUGAGACAUUGUUGGUUUGUUCUGUAGCGCCUGUACAUAGAGCCUUGUGGCAGGCACGAGGCCAGAGGAGGGGUCCAGGCCUGGGCUCACUCAGUCUGCACUGACUUGUUUUACUUCGUGCUUUUCACUUUUUUGUGUAGACAUUUCUUCAUUAACUGCACUUUGAAUUUAUAUUUUAACAAUAAAUGAUUGUCCCUGUCAUGUGUUAAAUCUUUGGAAACUGUAUUUGCUUUUACAUAGUUAUUCAGGUGAUCGUAUAUACAUAUAUAUAUAUUCAACACGUAUAUAAAUAUAGUAUUGACCCUCAUGAUUAUUGUGUUAUUAAUGGCUAGUUGUGUAACAUAUGUUUGAAGUUUGUUAAAAUUUCUACGAAAAUCAUCUUUCUUUUCCAUUUUUUGUGCAGAUAGCUUUUGUGUAGCUUUUAGGGUCCUUCAUGUAUGACUUAUAAAAAUGUAUAAAAAAUAUGAAUAUGUUUCGAUAUGCUCCAUGUCUUAGCUCUAUUUUAAUGAUGUUUAUUGAAUAGCAAGAUCUCUUAUUGUCAUUCAUUGGUUCACAUGUACUCUAUUAAUAAAAAUAGUUCAUUGUUUGUACCAAAUUAAUGCCCGUUUUCCAUCCUGAAAUAUUUUGUGUGUAUUCCUUGAUGUUUAAACCGUAUUGCCAUUGGUAGUGUAGGAAUUAAAGAACUCUGAAAUUGAUUAUGUGCCAUUUAUUUUUUUCUGAUUACUUGUAAGUAUUGGUACAUUUUACAUAAUCUUUUUGAUGUCUUAGUAAGUAGGUAAUAAAACCGACCUAAUUUAAAAUCUAUGAUACUUUAUAUUUUGUCUAUUGUUUUUGCAAAUGGAAAUGUAACUUGUAUGUUAUUUUUGUUUUGAUAUAUUGCAAAAUACAAAUAAUGUUUAUAUUAGUCAUGUUGUUUAAUAUGUUAAAAGUAUAUAGGUCUUUAAACUUGAACUUUGAUGACUGUUUUUGUUAAGUAAUGAUGAUUAAAAAUGAUCAUACUUGUAUUAGAAAUGUGCUUCUAAAUACUCUUUUUUUAACUUGAAUGUACAUGUCUGUUGGCAGCAUUAAAACAACAUUAUAUUGAUGAUUAUUAUCUUGUACAAUUAAUAUGCUUUGAAAAUAAAAAUCUAAAAUUGUAUUUUAAUGAUGUACGGAAGUAUUUUAAAUGUCCAUGUCAUAUGUCUUAUGAUGUUAUUUCAUCCAGUAUUGUAUGAAUAUUUUUGUACUUUCGACUUGAAAAAUUAUACCUUGGUACAUCAUGGAAACAAAUUGGAUUGUUUUCCAAUAAGGCAUUGGUUUUAAUAGUAUCUAAAUGUUUUUGAAAUGGUUCGAGUUGUCAAUUUGCAUCCUUGAAACAGAACAGUUUGGCACUAAAUUUGUUUUUUAUUAAUUUAAAAUGACUACACCUAAAUUGUUUGCUUUACGGUGGUUAAUAUUGCUAUGAUUUUUGUUGCUACAUUGUUACAAAUGUGGAUACCGAUGCAUAUAGCUCAUUGUUCUCCUAGUCAUGUGAACAUGUUCAACAAACUUAUAAUGAUGGUAGUUAGAUUACUUUCACGCAUAAUUGUCAUAUGCUGUGUACACGUUUAUUGGUUAGUUUUAUUUGCCUUUUGCAUUCAUGUGUACUUUUGUUUUCACUUUAAUAAUGGAUAUUGCCAGCAAUAUUGAAGUAUUUUCUACUAUGUAAUUUUAUAUAUUAAGGGCAGUAAAUCUUUGGCAAUUGUUUUAAUGCUUUGUUUUUAUAUUAAUUUCUUUGUCCAUAAUGCCUUGUUUGAUGUAAUGAGAAAUACUUUGUUUGCUAUAUGCUUUGCUGAUACUGUUAUGAAGUAUUAUUCUUAAUACAUGAUAAUAAUAUUCAAAUUUUAAUCAUUAUCUUUGUAAAUGACCUGUUUUAUUGUUCUUCCAUAAAAUGGAUAUUCAGAGUUGUAUGUCAACAGUUAAUAAUUUUAUGUUGCUAGGGAGCCAAGUAAAGAAACUAUUCAUGAA